GUGGGGGAGUGAGGAGAGACAGUAAUUUUUUCCUCUGGUCCUGAGGGGUCUCCUUCUCUAUAUAAGGCACUCUCAGCUGCUCAGAAGUUACUCAGCUCCUAUGUGCUUCAGGAACACCGCCAACGAGCAGCAGCCCGGUCCUCUCACAAGGGAAUAAUAGCCUUAAGCUCUCCAGCGCGCAGAGGAAGCAGCUCCGAGAUAUCCAACCAACUGGAUACUAACUGAGAUAGAUAGAGGCUGUGUCUGGGACUCUGAGGAGCGUCUGUCUACUGUAAAGUCCAACUCACAGCUAAAGUGUCGGAAUGACCUUCGCUGGCAUGACCUGGCUCCCUGUCCUCUCCCUCCUGCUGUUGUGCGUCAGGGACUCGGCUUCCCUCUUCCUGCCUGACUCCAAGGAGCUCAGACAGCUGCUGAGCCGCUACGAGGAGGAUCAGAAUGUCACCAGCAACAGAGCCGGCAAUAGGACCCGGCGAGCCAUCCGCUGGUCAGACCGUGAGGACAUCAUCCAGCUGCACAACAAGCUGAGGGGCGGUGUCUACCCCACUGCCUCGAACAUGGAGCACAUGAUUUGGGAUGAUGAGUUGGAGCGGUCUGCCACUCAUUGGUCUGAAGAGUGUCAGUGGGACCAUGGACCUCAGGACCUGCUCAUGUCUAUUGGACAAAACCUGGCUGUUCACUGGGGAAGAUACCGCUCUCCUGCCUUCCAUGUCCAGGCCUGGUACGAUGAGGUGAAAGACUACACCUAUCCCUACUCCCAUGAGUGUAAUCCCUGGUGUCCAGAACGCUGCUCCGGGCCCAUGUGCACCCAUUACACCCAGCUAGUGUGGGCAACCACGAACCGAGUGGGGUGUGCUGUGCACGUGUGUCCAAGGAUGAACGUGUGGGGAGAAAUAUGGGAGAACGCUGUUUACCUCGUGUGCAACUAUUCUCCAAAGGGCAACUGGAUCGGUGAGGCUCCAUACCAGCAUGGCCGCCCUUGUUCCCAGUGCCCUCCCAGCUAUGGAGGAGGAUGUAGGAAUAACCUGUGCUUCAAAGACUCUCAACGCUCAGAGACUGAGGACAUGAACGAGGUUGAGAAGCCUCAGGUUCCAGUGCAACCUCGUACCACCGCCAAACCUGCCCCCAAACCUAAACCGUCUCCUCCGAAGAAACCAGCGUCCAGACCCUCCACUCCUAAAGCCACCACACCCAGGACGCCAUCUUCAAAGACUCCCAGCAACACCUAUCUCGCUCACAACAUAAAGUGUGAGACUAGACUGCGGGACAAGUGUAAAGGUGCAACAUGCAACAGAUAUCAUUGUCCUGCUAACUGUCUGAACAAGAAAGGGAAAGUUUGGGGAACUCUCUUUUAUGAUGUGCAAUCAAGUAUUUGCAGAGCUGCUAUCCAUUUUGGUGUCAUUGACAACAAUGGAGGGCUGGUUGACAUCACAAGGAAGGACAAGUUCCCAUUCUUUGUCAGAGCAACAAAGAAUGGCAUCGAGUCCUUCAGUAAAUAUAAACCCGGCAAUGCCUUUGUGGUGGCCAAAGUGGAAGAAACGACUGCUGACUGCUACACCACAGUGGCUGAAAUCUGCCCUUUUAAAAAGCCCGACUCACACUGUCCAAGAAUCUUCUGUCCAGCCAACUGCAAGACUCAGCCUUCUUAUUGGUCACCUGUGAUUGGAAACAACAUUUACACAGAUAGCUCCAGUAUUUGUAAAGCAGCAAUCCAUGCAGGGGUAAUCAAAGCAGACGGCGGUUUUGUGGAUGUUCUGCCGCUGGACAAGAGAAAGAACUAUGUUGGAGUCCUGAAAAAUGGCAUCCAGUCUGAGAGCAAGAGCAACACAGAGGGAGGCUCUUUCCGAGUCUUUGCUGUGAGGGAGUGAGACUUCAGUUUGGAUGUCCAAAGACCAACAGAGUCACCUCAGUUGCUCUUGAAGAGCAGGAAGUGCCCAUAGGUUGGAUACCAUGGCUGUUCAUCUGUCUCUGUGUCUGUGCCUUCACUGGAAACAGAACGUCCCAGCAGAUCGAUAGACAGACAUUUCCCUCUUAAUUCAUAAACAGUAGCAACCCAGUUGUCCAAUACCUUGAUGGACCUUUAUUUUUUCUCAGCUUAUAUCUCCAGAUAUGGAUAUUUCUUAGACAUACUUACUUAAUCUGUGAAUACGGAAUGUUUUUAUAUAUUAUGAUGCAUUGAACAGCUGGUGCUGGAAGUUUUGAGUUAGACAUGUUUUACAGAAAGUAUUAUGUUUACAACGAUGUUCUUAUUACAAAUUUAAAUAUGUUUUCAUACACAGGAAUGUAUACUGAUCACACUGUAUUUAAUCAUUGUGUACAUAAUAUAUGAUAUUUUGUUUGUUUUAAAAAUGGAGUACCAUAUAUUACCAUUUUUAUGUUUAUUCUGAUUUGUUUUAUUGCAUUUUUCUGCUCACCUGGAUAACCUAUGCUUUUUGCCCUUGAAGAUUUAGACUGUGAAACCAAAUCUAAGUCUAAAUUGUACUUAAAAGUUAAGUGGUGUGCCCAUUGUGAGUGAGGAAAGGAAACGUGUGGUAAAUGGAAGUGUAUACAGGCAGCGGGCACUGCUAUAGAUAGAUAAUGUUUUGCUUAAUGUUUAAGGAGGCUGGUGUCCGACAUGUGGAGAUGAUUUAAUGAAGGUGUUACAUUGCUAAGUUUACUGUGUAGUGUAUCACAGCGAGUGCAGAUGGGUCCUCAUAAUGGCAGCAAUAUUGUGGAUGUGUUAAAUAACAAUCAGAGACAGUAGAUAUGUUUAAAAUAACAAGCAGUCAUUUGUAAUUUUAUAUUUAUUAAUGCUUAGUGCUUUCCUUGUUUCCUUAUUUCUCUUGUUUCUGUAAGAUAUCUGAAAAUUCAAAAUUUGUCUCCUCCCCACCUAAGACAAAUGAAUGUGUCACGUGUUUCAUGUCCAAAGAGUUUUGUGUGUAGACACUAGACCAUAUUAUAAAGUGUGUGAAUGUGUUCUCAUUAUCAAGCUGCAGUUUAUGCACUUUGGAACAAUUUACACUAUGCAGUGCAUGCAGGAGACACCCGUAAUGCUGUUCACUAUACUGGAUUGAGGCACUGUUCCCAUUGGUACAGCCCUGAUUUGAAUACUUUUGUUAAAGCAAUGCCUCAUUUGAUUGAAUUUUACCUUUUUUUUUUUCAAAUCUUUUUACACUUGCCCUGAUUACAGUCUCUAAAUCAUUCCAGCUGUGUCACUUAAAUGUACAGAAAAAAUAUGUUUUGGCAUAGUUAGCUUCCCUCAUGGAAACUGAUGGAAAAAAAUGUAAAGUCCAGUUUGGGCUGCAGGACUGAGGUAUCCAGUUAGGUUACUAAAAACACCAGAUACAUUUUAGUAUCAUUAAGACUUGUCACUCUAUCUGACAGUUUCUUUGAGGUUACAAAAUAUGCUAACAGUGUUUUCAGAGUAAAAGAUAAGACUAAAAAUCUUCUGGCCAAAUACAAAUGACUCACUAAAAUCUAUUUCCUUAAGCAUAUUUCAACUUUAUCUCUUUAUUCUACCUCAGUCCUCUCGCUACGCUAGGCAGUUUUUUCUAUAUUGGAAUUUUUAUGGGAAGCUUUUGUAAAGUUAGGCAACUGUAAAUACUCUAAUUUCUUGUUUUUGAAUAAUCCUUUUUGCAGUAAGAUAUGAUUAAAAUUUGUGAAUUUGUUGUAAUUGUUUUUAUACAGGUGUAGGAUGGGUUCUAUAUUUUUUGCACAAUUUGAAAAUAAAGUAUGACUUACAAAUGCAACAACACAUGUUUUUGUUUCAGUAAAAGAUGUCACUGACUACAGUGUUGAUGUGUUCAGCUUUUUUGGAAUAUUUUGUGUAUAAACUGCCCCAUCAUGUUUAGUGCAGCCUAACCAGUCAACUAACUGUGUUAGUCAAGACUUCUUUCUUUUUUAAUUGUCAUUCGAAGUAACAAACAUACAGCCAAAACAACUCCCAAGUGUAAUAUGACUUCACAAAUUGUUAUUAAAUCUACUUUGACCCGAG